AUGGCUGCUGUUGCGGGGCGCUAUUACAGUGAGGGAGGCAGAGCCACCAAACGACAGAAAACUGACGGAGACGGAAUGACCUCGGAGAGUUAUGAAGACCCACACAAGCCCCUACCCUCACUGGUGAUCCACAUCAGGGGUCUGGUAGACGGCAUCACCGAGGCUGACCUUGUUGAGGCUCUGCGGGAGUUUGGCUCAAUCAGCUAUGUGGUGCUGAUGCCAAACAAGCGCCAGGCUCUGGUGGAGUACGAGGACAUGAGCGGCUCGUGCAACGCGGUGACGUACGCCAACGACAACCAGGUGUACAUCGCCGGCCGGCCCUGCUACCUCAACUACUCCACCAGCCAGAAGAUCUCGCGUCCCGGAGACUCGUCCGACGCGCCGAGCGUCAACAACGUCCUGCUCUUUACCAUCAUGAACCCCAUCUACCCCGUCACUACGGACGUUCUGUACACCAUCUGCAACAACUGCGGCCCCGUGCACAGGAUCGUGAUCUUCAGGAAGAACGGCGUGCAGGCCAUGGUGGAAUUCGAUUCGGUUCAGAGUGCUCAGAGGGCAAAAGCUUCGCUCAACGGGGCCGAUAUCUACUCCGGCUGCUGCACCCUUAAAAUUGAAUACGCUAAGCCGACGCGUCUUAACGUGUUCAAGAACGAUCAGGACACUUGGGAUUACACCAACCCCUCUCCGGGUCAAGAUGCUGAUGACGGCAAUUGGAACAGUUCUCAAGACACCGGUGCGAACCCAAACAAGCGCCAGAGGCAGCCGGCCCUGCUGGGAGACCACCCGCCCGAAUACGGUCAGGGCGGUUACGGAUACGACGACGGCGGAUACGGUCCCUACGACGGCCGGAGGAUGGGCCUCAUGGGGCGAGGCCGUGGCGGCGGCGCAGGCAGCGGUGGCGGCGGCGCAGGCAGCGGCGGCGGCGCCCCGCGUUACGGCGGCCCCCAGUACAGCCACGGAAUGCCCGACUGCGGCGCCCAGGCCGACUCACCCGUCAUCAUGGUGUACGGCCUCGACCUCAAGAGGGUCAACCCCGAGCGUGUUUUUAACGUCUUCUGUCUCUAUGGCAACGUCUCCAGGGUGAAGUUUAUGAAGAGUAAACCAGGUGCCGCGAUGGUGGAGAUGGGAGACUGUUACUCGGUGGAGAGAGCCAUUUCACACCUGAACCAUACCAUGCUGUUCGGCCAGAAGCUCAACAUUUGUGUGUCGAAGCAGCAGACCAUAAUCGCCGGGCAGUCGUACCUGCUGGAGGACGGAAGCGAGAGCUGCAAGGAGUUCGUGGGCAACAGGAACAACCGCUUCACCACGCCCGAGCAGGCGUCCAGGAAUCGCAUCCAGCGGCCCAGCAACGUCCUGCACUUCUUCAACGGCCUGCCGGACUGCGACACCGACGUGUUUGGCAAGAUUUGUGAAGACUUGGACAUCAAACCUCCAACCAACAUCAAACUCUUCAAUGGAAAGAGUGAGAAGAGCGCGUCUGGCCUGUGUGAGUGGGACUCGGUGAACGACGCCAUGGAAGCUCUCGCUGUGAUGAACCACUUCCAGAUGAAAAACCCCAUUGCAGUAAUCACGACUCUCCACUUUCAGCCGGACCGUAUCCCUACACCCUCAAGCUUUGCUUCUCCACCUCCCAGAGUAUCAACUGAAUCCAUCAUCACAGCCUCCAGAAUUAAGACCACAAACGCACAGUGCUGCACGUUAAUAAACACACGCUAAACUCAUUUUUGUACAAAUUUUGUGUUUUUAUUUCCUAGUCGUUCCUUUUUUUAUCCUUAUUUACGAAUUCGGCUUCGUUUUAUUUUUGUUUUACGUUAAGUUUAGAGGAGAAAAUGUAGACUCUGAUGUUUUUUGUUCUUUAAAUAAACUCCAUUAAUGUGAA